AUGGGUAAUUCUCAGGGCAAGCUCUCUUCUCCAGAUCACCCAGUCAAUUUAAACCAGUUCAGGCUACUUCGUGUCGUGGGAAAAGGCGCUUUUGGAAAGGUUCGCAUCGUCGAGCGGAAAGAUACUGGUCUUACUUUUGCCCUGAAAUAUAUCAGAAAAGAUGAAGAUGGUGUAUCGAUUAUCUCAAUGAUUAUCGUCAUUCUAACAAUCUCUAGAUACAUCGUUGUCGACCUCAUGAACGGCGGUGACCUUCGUUUCCAUAUAUCGAGAAAAUGUUUCACCGAAGAGGCAAUUCGAUUCUGGAUGGCCGAGCUUGCGUGCGCUCUACACUAUAUUCACGGACAGGGCAUUGUGCAUCGGGACGUCAAGCCAGACAACAUACUACUGGAUUCUGAAGGCCACGUUCAUCUCGCUGAUUUUAAUGUCGCCUCGGACUUCAAACCCUCGAAGCCACUUACAAGCAGGUCCGGAACAAUGGCAUACCUCGCUCCUGAAGUCUUCCAAGGAGGAGGAUACCUAUCGAAUGUUGACUGGUGGUCGCUCGGCGUAACUUUCUACGAAUGCAUCUACAGUAAACGACCCUUCGAUGGCCGAAGCCAUAGUUCUCUCAGCGAAGCUAUCAUGCGCACUCAACCCAAGUACUACGUCACAAACCCUGCUGUUACUGUCCCAUGUCUCCAUGCCCUCAGUGCAUUAUUAGAAAAGGAUCCGACGAAACGCAUUGGUGCCAUGAACUUUGAAUCAUUCACUACUCACGCCUUCUUCGCUCCUAUCGACUUUGAUGCCCUCCAAAGAAAGGAGAUUGAACCAGUCUUCGUGCCGUCCAGUGACAAGACUAACUUUGACGCUACAUACGAUCUCGAAGAACUUCUGCUGGAGGAGGCACCGUUGGAAGCGCGUGCCCGCCGCCAGAAACCCCGCGCUGAACUCAAGGACGAUGCUACGGCCAAAGAAAUCCGAGAGGAUGAGCUUCACCGUAUCAUAGAAACCAUGUUCGAACCUUUUGAUUACACAACGAUGAAUUAUGAAACCACUGCUGCGGCAGCCAUCGCCGCCUCUGCUAACCCCGAAGACUGCCUCAACUUGACAACAUCGCCGAGCCAGCGACGUCGACACCGGCAUACCAAUUCCCAGGGUCGCUCAGGCUCCUCCUCGCCAUCGGUCCGAACAGAUCGGUCGACCCGAACAGACAAGUCAACUAGGACAGAAAAAUCCUACCGAUCUACCGCUUCCGACGCACAUGGCCAGAAUAAUGUACCAGUCGAUAGUGUAAACCCUGGUUCCCCAUCCUCUGAUCGCGGCGGCGCCCUCUCUCGCUCUCCUCCAACCCAACCUCCUCCCGGUCCCCCUUCGCUCCCGUCCCAACGCCACGCUAACCGUUCUCAUACCAUCGCCUCGACCAACCAAGGCGUUCCACAGUUCUCCCCGCCUCCGCCACCGCCGGCUCAACUGUCUCAACCCCAACCUCGCGGUGCGACCCGAAACCGGAGUAAAUCUGGAGGUGUCCAAAUGGUUCUCGAGGAGACAGGCAGUUGGUCCGGACUGGCUGAUCAGACCACUAACGGGGAUGCACUCCCAAACAAUGUGAACGGCAACAGUCUACCAAAUGGAACCGGAUCUACAACCGGUGCCUAUGGCAAUACCUCCGGCGGGAUGUUCUCUUUCUUCAGCCGGAAGAAGGGCCGGGAGAGAAGCCCGAAACCCUCCGAGCGUGGAGUACUAGGCAAGGAGGGUGCGCGAGUUGUUAUCUCCGGCUGA